CCCAACCCUUCUUUCUUCUUCCCUUCUUCCUUUAGAAGAAGUUUAUUAAAGGGUUAGAAGAGAACCUGAUCAAGGUGAAAGGGGUAAGAGGAGAGAAAGAGAGAAAGCAAGAAAGAAAGCUGAUGAAAAAGCUGAAAGUUCAAAAGCUAAAAGAAAGCUGAUGAUAACCGAAAGAAAGAGCCUUUUUAUUAUAUCCCUCCUCAUGUUUGCACUUGCUGCUGUAUCUGUAUCUCUAUCUGUAUCUUCCACAGUAUCCAUUUCUACUUCUCUCUUCUCCUACUGCCUUCGCCAUAUCCAUUAAAUCUCCAUGCUCAAGAGCUUCAAGCUGCUUUCUCCAUACUAGUAGAGGAGAAGGGGAGAAUAUUAAAAAAAAAAAAUUUUUUUUGAGCAAGCCCAUGUUGAGUAGUGAUAUUAUUAACCAUCCCUCCUCAUCUUCUGAGCCAUUUACUUGUGGAGAAAAUGGAAUCAACAGUAAGAGAAAAAGAAGGCCUGCAGGAACUCCAGAUCCAGAUGCAGAAGUGGUAUCCCUUUCACCCAAAACCCUGCUGGAAUCGGAUCGAUACGUGUGUGAGAUCUGCAAUCAAGGAUUUCAGAGGGACCAAAACCUGCAGAUGCACAGGAGGAGGCAUAAAGUUCCAUGGAAGCUUCUGAAAAGGGAAACACCAGUGGUGAGAAAGCGCGUUUUUGUGUGCCCGGAGCCCAGCUGCCUUCACCAUGAUCCUUGUCACGCUUUAGGCGAUCUUGUGGGGAUAAAGAAACAUUUUAGAAGGAAACACAGCAAUCAGAAACAGUGGGUGUGUGAGAAAUGUUCCAAAGGAUAUGCUGUUCAAUCUGACUAUAAAGCCCAUCUCAAAACCUGCGGUACCAGAGGCCAUUCUUGCGACUGUGGCCGGGUUUUCUCGAGUUAUCAUUGAUCUUGGCUGCUAUGGUUUCUAAGCUGGAAGGCAAUGGUUAAACACAAGAAGGAGA